AAUGAAAGGUACCAAAGAAAAGUUUCAAUAAUAACACACAAUACUAACAGCUUAUUAUCUCUAACACCAAAACAUUCAAUUCAUUCUCUUUUCCCACUUUCUCUUAUACCAGAGAAAUAGCCAUGGCAGAAGAAGAGGAGAGGAAGAAGAAGAAGAAGCACCAACCUUCCAAGUUAUUAUUACAGUCAUCAUAUUUCUCAUUCAAGCCAAGCUCAGAGGUAAAGGGUCUCCGAUUUGGCAGCCAAUUCAUCACCAAGUCCUUCACAAUCCGGCGAGCAAGAACCCUAGAACUUCUGAAACUCCUCUCUCUUCCGCCGCCACCAUCACAAACUCUAAACAAGAAGCUUCUGGUUCCUUUUCCUUCAACCACAGUCUUCGUCCCCACAAACUUAACAAUCUUAGCUUACCAUGCUUGGCACACUCUCACGCUCGGCCUCGGCACAAAGAAGUCGAAGGUGGUGGUGUUCGUGUUCGAAAACGAAGCUGUAAAGAAGAAAGUGGAAGAGAAUUGGCCAUUAGAGAUAUCUCUUGGUGAAGUGAACAAGAAGCUCAUAAGAGCUCUUAAAGGUUUUGAGAUGGCGAGGUUUAAGUUCAGAAAAGGGUGCGUGACUUUCUAUGUUUAUGCCGUUCGACGACAAGUUGAUGGAUUAGGGUUUUCAUGUGUUGAAGAUCUGAGAAUUAUUUUGCAGUCUCUGGUUUCUCUUAAUGAUUUCUUGGAUCAUACUGCUAUGCUUGCUACGCCUAAGCAAAGAAGCAUCAGUUUCUCUCACCCUCAUCAUCAUGUGGCCAUGGCUCAUUAAUUAAUUAUUAGGGCAAUUUAUAUUCAUUUGCAUUAUUCAUUAUCUUGAUCGUUACUGAUAAAUCUAUAUAGGUUUUUGAUACAUGUUAUCUGAUUCUAUACAUGUCUUCUCUUCAAAUUU